AUGCUGCCACCAGAACAGCGCACACUCAUCCUCGAUCUUGGCGACGUCCUAUUCCAUUGGUCGACCCGCAACCUGACUGCUCUUUCACCUCAAAACUUCCAUUCAGUUGUCCUGUCACCAACAUGGGCCGAAUUGGAGCGUGGUCACAUAGACGAGACUGAAGCUCUUGAAAUUAUUGGCGAGGAAUUAUCUCUUGAACCGGCAACAAUAAGCGAAGCAUUCAAGCAGUGUCGCAAAACACUACGUGUCGACCAUGAUCUGCUCAAAAAGCUCAAAGAGCUCAAAGUGGAGAUGAACAAAAGCCUCAAGAUUUACGCAAUGAGCAACAUCGCUAGAGACGACUUCACACGCCUCCAAGCCGUGUUGUCUGACUGGAGUCUGUUCGACGGCGUUUACACGUCUUAUGAGGCCGGUAUGACGAAGUUUGAGCUCGGUUUCUUCAAGCAUGUCCUCAAAAGUAUCGGAUGUAGCGACCCAGCAUCUGCAAUCUUCGUCGAUGAUAAGCAUGGGCAGGUCAAUACGGCUCGCUCUUUCGGCAUCCAAGGUAUCGUCUUUGAGUCUGGAGAUAAGCUCAUGCGUCAACUGCGCAACCAACUAUUCGACCCCGUCAAACGAGCUCGUCAGUACAUGGCCAACAAUGCCGGAAAACAUAUAUCUCGUAUCGAGAACGGCCCUGAUCUUCAUGAAUUCUUCUCCCAGUUCAUCAUUCAUUAUGAGCUAGCCGAUGAAAGUUUUCUCAGCCUUUCGCCAUCCAAUGCUGAGCCUGAUGAGGUUGAAGCCACCAUUGGCCAAGCUCGCAAAGAGGCUAAGAUGUGGAACUACUUCAACGGCCCUCCCAUUGGUACGACGAAGACAUACCCUGAUGAUGUCGACACUACUGCAAAUGCUUUGCUUGCAUUCUCACCACCUUCUUCUUCGGCUGACCCCGUACUGGAUCGCAUGCUUCAGAAUAGACAUGCGCAAGAUGGGGUCGCCUUGAUAUAUCUCUGCGACAAGCGGCCUCGUUUAGAUCCUGUCGUCCUCAUUAACGUCAUCCGCGUCUUCUACAAGUACAACCGUGGAGCAGAUGUCAAGCCCGAGCUCGACUACGUUCGUCGCAUCCUUUUAAACUCUGGCUACAUUGACGGAACAGACGUGUAUCUGUCUGCUGAUAUCUUCUUAUACUUCUUGUCUUGUCUUAUAGAAGCAAAUGAUACCGCGCCCGAAAUUCGGUCUCUCGUUCAGCCGCGCGAAUCUGGGCCCUAUCUCGAAUACGAGUUUGAUGCAGACUCAGAUGAAGGCUUAGCGAUACUUGGAACGCCUGAAGGAGCUGGUACCGCCUACCUACUGGUACAGCAUAGGGAGGGGUUGGGUCGUCGGGUUGUCGACAAGAUUGUUGCUUCUGAUUUCGCGGAUCCAGAAUCUAGGCACUUGCAAAUUGUGUUCCACAUCAAAGAGGCGGAGAAGGUAGAUGGACACGGCAUUUAG